UGUUUUGGUGAUCAGUGGUCAAAUAUUUACUAAUAUUGUAUAUAAAUAAAAUUAUUCAAAGCUAAAGUUUAAUUUUAAUAAAAACGAUGGAAAUACAAUUCAGCAAAUAUAAAAUUAUGCACGUUGAUUUGCCGUGAAAAGAGUGUACGCAUAGUUGUUAUUUCGUACUUGAUAGAAAAUCCCUUUGUUUCUUUAACGCCUCGAUAUUAAUAUGUCCAAUUCUACUGAAGAUAUCUCAGAACAAACGAGGGAUGUUUUUACACAAGAUGGUGUACUCCUCAAGGCCUGUGCAGGCCGACCAACAAGUGAUCUCAACUCAGUUGGAAUGCUUUGCAUUGUGCAAAAUUCUGAUGAUACUAAGGCUGUUGAGUGGAGGCCAAAUGACUUGAUAACAAUUGACUCUGAUAUUCAAGAUCAAGAAUGGGCCGUUGUAAAUACAAUUGGACGCCGUCAAAGAACUCUAAGUGGUAACAUAACAUCUGACUAUGCGGCUGCUCGUGCACGGGUCAUUCGAAUACCAUUAAAUCAGUUAAAAUCCUUUAGAGUGUCGAGAAAUUUUCAACAGAUGCAAAUCUCUAUGAAGCAGGGAACAUGGCACAGUACCUUUUACUUUCAACAUGGCAAUGCAGAGAUUUUUGUUGCUAACUUAAAAAGUCAUGUAAAAACAGCAAAGGCACGACAUGACAGAAAUGUAUAUUUGGUCGUUGAACAAAAUAGUGAGUCACAAGUUCUGAACAGAUCUUUUGCUGAGCUUGACAUAUACACUGAAAACCCGACUGAUGUAGUUUGGAACCUAGUAUCAAACUUUAAAGAAAGACCAUAUGCCACUACAAUGGAGGCUUUUUCAAAAUUAACAGACAUUGUAUACUAUGGCAACGAGGGAACAAAUGGUAGAAGCGAUGUGUCAGAAGAGGUAGCAGAUCUUUUAACAAGGAGUGCUUUGGCUGACCCUACAGCACCUACUCGAAUAAGUGAGGAAUAUGAAGUAGUGAGUGUUAAGCCAACUUUGCCUCCACGACCUUCAAUACCCAGAGGCUCACCAUUAUCAACAGAAAAAUGGGAGGGACUAACAGAUACAAAUGGAAGUAUAACAGAAGUUGAAGGCGUAAAGCAACUUAUUUUUAGAGGGGGUGUCGCCCAUUCAAUAAGACGAUCAGUUUGGAAGUAUCUACUAGGAUAUUAUCCAUGGAAAAUGACAAGUUCUGAACUCAAAGCUCUUCACAAAAGGAAAACGGAAGAGUACUACUCCAUGAAGCUUCAAUGGAGAUCAAUGACUGAAGGCCAAGAAUCAAGGUUCAGUGAUUAUAGAGACAGGAAGAGCUUGGUAGAAAAGGAUGUAAAUAGAACAGACAGGACACAUGAGUUUUUCGCCGGAGACAACAAUCCAAAUUUAAUACUCCUUGAAGAUAUUUUGAUGACGUAUGUAAUGUACAAUUUUGACUUGGGAUACGUCCAGGGGAUGAGUGAUAUCCUCGCGCCAUUGUUAAUACUGAUGGGUAAUGAAGUGGAUAGCUUCUGGUGCUUUGUUGGAUUUAUGGAGAAGAUUGAAUACAACUUCGACAUCGACCAGGCUGGUAUGAAGCAGCAGUUGCAUCAACUGCAGCAGCUGCUGGAGCUGGUGAGCCCGGCGCUGGCGCGACACCUGGUAGCCAAGGACGCCCACAAUAUGUACUUCUGUUUCCGCUGGCUGCUUGUGUGGUUCAAGCGAGAGUUUUGUUUGCGGGAUAUUAUGAGGCUAUGGGAGGUGCUGUGGACUGGAUUACCAUGUGCUAACUUUCAUCUGCUCGUCUGUGUUGCCAUACUAGACCUAGAGCAAGAAACAAUCAUAAAUCGAGAUUACGGAUUUACUGAAGUUUUGAAGCAUGUGAACGACUUAUCAAUGAGGCUGGAUGUCGAAAAGAUACUGAGUACAGCGGAAGGCGUGUACCAUCAGAUCGUAGCUUCACAGACCAUCCCCGAUCCCAUCAGGAUCAUCCUGGGUAUGCCCACCGUACCCGGCCCGCCGACCGAAUCUGACGCCGACACACAAAAUGGCAACAAAACGGAGCCCGACAAUCAAGAUACAGAGGAAGUUAUGUAUCAGAUUGGCCUAGAUAUGAACUUUUAAGGUUUCUCUAGAAUAUAACGGGAUACAGAUAUCUGUAGUGACGAAAACAAUGUGGGCCCUUCUUGCCUAAACUCUGAUUUAUAUUAAAACAGUGGCAGCGGCAGCGACACUGAAUUCCAGCGCGUAUCUAGUAUCAGUAAUGGAGACUGGUUUCCGUAAACAUGUCCCAAUCCAGGGGCCACAAAAGAAAUCGUUUUGAGACUCGAACGAAUUCGGAAUGCGGCGUCCUACUCUUACAAACGUGAAAUGACGUUGUUAGAGUGGGACGCGGCGUUCAGAUUUGAUCGUUUGAGCCUUAAAACGGUUUUGUUGUAGGCACAGAAAUAAAUCAAGAUAGAACGGCUAAGCGGGUGGAGUAUGCGUG